AUGGACGAGCUGCACGAUGCCAUCCAGGACGCGCAGUAUAUUGGCGCGGUGACCAACUCGCAGCGCGGGCCCACCGCAGCCUUCUACAAUCCAUCGAGCAAUGAAUUGACGCAGUUCGUGGACCGCCAAGAGCGCGCGCUGGGCAACGACUGGCUCGGUCUCGAGAAUUUGCUGGAUAUGCCGCUAGGCUUCUAUUUCUUCCGCCGGUUCUGCGAGGCGGAGCAGCAUGGGAGUCAGAAACUGGACUUCUUAGUCGAAGUUACCAAAUUCCGCACACUGCAGACGCCCGAGCAGCGCAGCAUGAAAGCCAGGGAGAUCUGGGACCUAUUCUUUGGUAACGCUACCCCCGGACUUGCCGUUCAUACCCCUACAAGGGAGAAUGGCCUCACAAUCUGGACACCAGCCACGAGAACAGAGUCUCGACUGCACCAGACGUCUCCCAUCUCUCCAGCCACAGCGUCGACUUCCCCCGGGUCGGAAUAUUCCCCUUCAGCUGGCGGACGAGGCACCAAUUUGCACAGUCCUCCUGUGGGUCGUCCCAGUCCAACACGAAUGUCUCUUGGCUGUCUGGACGAGCUAAACGUGGCUUCAAUGACGACGAAUGGGAUUGUGUUUUGGCGCAAGAAUGAGUCCUCAGUGACUCGGGCGGACGUACGUAGCAUCUUUAAUAGCGUAUCUACUGAGGCAAGCCCUCUUGGUGUUGGAGGCGACGUGGUGCAGCGGAUAAGCGCUGUCUUCAAGCGCAAACAGGCAGAUUCCGACCGUGGAGAUUCGAUGAAUUGCGUACGAGAUAGCAGCCCCACGAGCCCUACAACUAGCACCGUGUCGACAAGCGAGCUCAAUGAUCUGGGGAUGGAGAGCUCAGUAUCGAAACUGCGGAGUGACAAGCGUUUGAGCUCGGAUUCGAGGAUAAGUGCACUGACACUGUUCGAUGAGUUGGAAGCUUGUGUACUCUGCAGUCUGGAACAAUAUCAUCUGAAGGCUUUUCGAGCUUCUGCGUUCCACAAGAGAUUAAUCGCGUUCCUGUUCCUGCAAAAGCGACGAGUGAGUGAAGAUGACUUCACUGUGCUCCGUGUACUAGGACGCGGUGGCUUCGGUAUGGUGAAUGGAUGUAUCAAGCGGACAUCUGCGUCAUUGUACGCCAUGAAAGUGAUGAACAAGAAGAUGAUCAAGAAGAAACACGCAGAGAAAUUGUGUCUGGCUGAACGGAAGAUCCUCGCUAUGAUUUCUUCUCCAUUCGUCGUGUGCUUGAAAUAUUCUUUCCAGACACCUGAGGAGCUUUUCUUGGUGCUAGAUCUACGGACUGGUGGCGAUUUAUCGUUCCAUCUCAACCGUGCAAGAUUCUCGGAGACUCAAGUGCGAUUCUGGGCUGCUCAAAUUCUACUGGGCAUUCAACAUUUGCACGAGAAAAAUAUUGUGUACCGGGAUCUGAAACCAGAAAAUAUUUUACUUGACGAAAAGGGAAAUUGCAGCAUUUCAGAUUUAGGAUUAGCCGUGGAGGUGACUCCAACUCUAACAGGAAGAUGCGGAACUCGAGGAUAUUGGGCUCCAGAAAUGCUACUUCGAGACGAAAAUGGGAACCGGUUGGUGUACAAUCAGACGGUGGAUUGGUGGAGCUAUGGAUGCUUAGUGUAUGAACUUCUGUACGGUAAAUGUCCCUUCCGGACAUCCAAGGCGAAGGCUCUUCACGAGGACAAGCAACAGGCUUACGACAAGGCCACGUUGGAGCUAACACCGGCUUACGAUCCCAAGUAUUUCUCCCCCGAAGCAGCAGAACUCAUCCAGCACUUGCUGAUUCGAGACCCAACAAAGCGAUUAGGAGCGAAAGGAGCCGAGGAGAUCAAGCGUAUGCGGUUCUUCUCAUCUAUUGACUGGGCACAGAUGGAGCAGAUGCAGGUGCCACCGCCGUUCGUGCCGGACAACGAGAUCAACGCGGCGUCACAAGCAGAUAUUGGCUCCUUCGACAUCUCGAUUGUCAAGGGUAUCAAGCUGUCGGAGCAGGAACAGGCUGCAUACAGUGGCUGGGAUUAUGUCUGCCCCGAGACGUUCCAGCGCGAGGCCGUAGAGUAUCUCGUGUGGGAGGUCAAGCACGGCCCAUGCACCAUCGGAGCCAACAACAACUCGUGUUGCUCGAUUUUAUGA